AUGGCACUCCUGGUAAACGGGUCACCAUCCAAGCCAUUCAAGAUGGAGAGGGGACUAAGACAAGGGGACCCACUUUCUCCACUUCUGUUUGUGCUAGUUGUAGAUAUUUUGCAUAGGAUGGUAGGAGAAGCUGUCAAGAACGGGCGCAUUGCUCCGCUGCUGGUAGGGGAAGUUCAUAUUGAACUGUCGCACUUACAAUUUGCGGAUGACACCAUUUUGUUCUGCCCACCGGUGACGGAAACAAUUGUAAACUAUAAGAGACUGUUGCGGUGUUUUGAGUUGAUGUCUGGGCUGAGCAUCAAUUUUGAUAAAUCGAAUCUGAUAUCGGUGAACUGUGAGCAAGGAUGGAUUGAUCAUGCGUAUGGACUACUGGGAUGCCAGUAA